GUGGGAGAGGGCCACCGAGCAGCUGAGACUCGGUUUGGUUGACCUGACCACCGGUCGUCGUCUUGGGUUGGCUUGGCUUGCUGUCCGCCCGCGUUCACAAGGAGAGGAGAGGAGGUUGAGGUUGAUCUUGAGUGUGAGGAGAGGCGAGAUCGGAAAAAGGGGAAAUCGGCGUUGCGAUGCCGAAGCGGGUGGCCGACGAGAUCGCGGCGCUCCCGGAGCCGCGUGGGCCCCUGCGCCGCCCCUGCGCCGACCUCUCCCGCCGCGUCCGCCUCCUCGCCCCGCUGCUCGACCACCUCCCCGCCUCCUCCUCCUCCUCCUCGAGUACUCCCCUCGCCGACGCCCUCGGGGCCGCGCGAGACCUCCUCCGCAAGACCCGCGACGGCAGUAAGAUCGACCAGGCCAUGCGAGGGGAUGCGUUCCUGGACGAAUUUGCAGGCGUCAACAGGCAGAUUCACCUCGCCUUGGAUGCCUUGCCCUACAACACCUUCCACAUGCCCCAAGAGGUCCAAGAGCAGGUCGCGCUCGUCCACUCCCAGUUCCAACGAGCCUCCACAAGGACGGAUCCCCCGGAUACACAGCUUUCCAUGGAUCUUGCUUGGGCUCUUACCGACAACCCUUCCGACCCCGCCCUUCUCACCAGGAUCUCUCACAAGCUGCAGCUGCACACCAUGGCUGACAUGAAGAACGAGUCCAUCGCCCUUCAUAACAUGGUCAUUUCCACUGCCGGAGAACCUGAUGGCUGUGUCGACCAAAUGUCUUCCCUGCUCAAGAAGCUCAAAGACUGCGUCGUCACUGAAGAUCAUGCCAACGAUGCCCUCACCACUAGGUCUGCCUCCAUUAAGCAUAGGUCUCCUAUCAUCCCAGACGAGUUUAGGUGCCCCAUAUCCCUCGAGCUCAUGCAGGACCCUGUCAUUGUGUCCAGCGGCCAGACAUAUGAGCGAUCCUGCAUCCAAAAGUGGCUUGAUUCUGGCCACAAGACCUGCCCUAAGACGCAGCAGCCACUCUCGCAUACUUCUCUCACCCCAAACUUUGUCCUCAAAAGCCUCAUCUCACAAUGGUGCGAAGCUAAUGGUAUUGAGCUUCCCAAGAACAAACAGAAUUCCCGUGAUAAGAAGGCGGCAAAAAGUUCCGACUAUGACCAUGCUGGUCUAGUCUCGCUGAUGAACAGGCUCAGGAGUGGGAACCAAGAUGAGCAGCGGGCAGCUGCAGGUGAGAUACGACUGCUUGCCAAGAGAAAUGUCAACAACCGGAUAUGCAUCGCUGAGGCAGGAGCCAUCCCCUUGCUGGUCAAUCUGCUCUCCUCUUCAGAUCCACGAACACAGGAACAUGCAGUGACAGCACUCCUGAACCUCUCCAUUCAUGAGAACAACAAGGCAAGCAUCGUGGACUCUCAUGCUAUCCCUAAGAUAGUGGAAGUGCUGAAAACUGGGAGCAUGGAAACCAGAGAGAAUGCAGCAGCCACACUAUUCAGCUUAUCAGUUGUUGAUGAGAACAAGGUAACUAUUGGCGCCGCUGGUGCAAUCCCUCCACUCAUCAACCUUCUGUGCGAUGGGAGCCCAAGAGGCAAGAAAGAUGCUGCGACGGCAAUUUUUAACCUGUGCAUAUAUCAGGGAAACAAGGUCCGGGCAGUGAAAGCUGGAAUCGUCAUCCAUCUGAUGAACUUCUUGGUGGAUCCUACAGGGGGAAUGAUUGACGAGGCACUUAGUCUUCUGUCAAUUCUUGCAGGCAACCCAGAAGGCAAGAUUGUAAUUGCGCGGUCAGAACCAAUUCCUCCACUUGUUGAGGUUAUCAAAACAGGGUCUCCUCGCAAUAGGGAGAACGCUGCAGCCAUUCUAUGGUUGCUCUGUUCUGCUGAUACUGAGCAGACAUUGGCUGCAAAGGCAGCUGGAGUGGAGGAUGCACUCAAGGAGCUGUCAGAAACUGGAACAGAUCGUGCAAAGAGGAAAGCUUCUAGCAUCCUCGAACUCAUGCACCAAGCAAAUGAGGAUUCUUUGAAGGGAAAUGGACACUGAAAGUUGCUUCUUCCUGGGGAAGCUCUGUGCUUUGGGCAAUGCAUUUGGUGGCUUCAUUCUGAAGGGUGAGCCGCGAGCCAGAGCCAUCAGGUAUUUGUCAGCAGCAGCCAAAGAAGCUACUCGAUCAGUAGCUAUCUUGGGGAGCUAAGGGAGGUCAUGGGUCACAUUGGCGAGGCUGGCGGCGGCGCUGUUGUCAUGGGCUGCAAGGUGCUGCCGAUGUGGAGGGAGAGCGGCGGCAUGGUGGAUGGCGCGAGGAAGACGAUGGUGCAUGGCAAGAAAGCUGUCGCUCGGGUGAAGGAGCUCCUCAGGCGGGCUGCUCAGCCCAGGUCCCCUCACCCUCACCCUCAGGCCACUGGCGCCAGCAGGUGGAAGAAGGUUAUGAGCUUCCAGGCGAGGGAUAGCAGCAACAGCAAAGCAGGCAACGACAGCACGAGCAAGCUGAGUUUCAAGUGGGACGCGGGUAGCUGCUCGUCUGCAUCAUCGUCGGCUAUGUAUUCCCCGCUGUCAGCCGUGUCCGCGCCGGCGAAGGCGCCGUCGAGCCAGCAGCAGCUGCGGCCUUGGUCCACUGUCCCUGAUGAUGGCGAGCAGCGGAUGGCGCAGUGGAUCACCACCGAUUCAGACUUUGUGGUGCUGGAGCUGUGACCUCAACUAAUCCCGUUCCUUGGGAUGAUGGAGUGGAGGCCAGGCAAGCAAUUAAGCUGCAGAUACUCAUGGAUGGCUCUCACUAAUUUACUGACUGACUACAUUCACAAGUUUAGACCGAUGGAGGAGGGGAAGACGGAAGCAGCGAAGACAGUAGUAUUAUUUAUGAAUCUCAACGGCCAAGAGCAGAGGCUGCAGCUAGGUUGCUGCUGAUCAAUCCAUAUCAUGAGGAAACUUGAAUGGAUUAUUAAAAGUAAUAAUAACAGACCGGUUUAUUACUAGCACAAGAGGAGAGUCAUCGAUGAAAUACUAGUGCGAUGUAUAGUAUACGUUUGUGUUUCUUUUUUCUUUGACACGUAGGAUGUGUUUGUGUUGGUUGUCCUAUUGGAGUGAGUGAAUUUAGAGUAGCAUACAUGCCAUGCCAUGAAUCGUUUGAUCCUCUCUGUUUAUGUUCCACGUGGAUGGAGGUUUGGGCAGGGUACUA